CUCAGUACAAAUCGUGUUUCAGGUACGGAUCGGGUAGUGACACACAGGACACCCUUUUCGCAUGAUCACGGAAGCACCAAUUUGUUGUCUACGUCAACCUGCGUCAUUCUCGCAUUCUUCACCUAGAAAAUAAGAAAGUUACUGAAAUGGACGCUUUCCACAGCAUUUCCAGAUCGCAUGCUGGGUCAAAUGUCAGUGCUGCAGCUCAGAGUAGAAGCCAUAUUACAGCACCUGCACUCACUAACAAUACAAUAAAAGGCAAUGUCCACAUCAUACAUAAUGCACCUGGUUUCACUUGGUAUCGCCCACACUCUGAAAAAAAAAAGUCAGCAAUAACAUCACUGAUUUUCAAACAUAAGACACGGAUCUGCAGUGAGUAUCAGUAUGUGACUGAGUAUAACUCUCUUCCUGGUGAACAAGUGCUGCUGUCUGAACGCUUCACACAACCUCUGAUCCUUCAGAAACAUAGAGAUCAAAAAGAGAGAGAAGAAGAGCUCCGCUCCAGUGGAGAGGACUUCCAACAGGUCCUCAGCUCCAGGAGCAGUGAUGAAUCUGUCCAUCUGAACUCUCUGUUCAACCCAGAUCACCAUGGGAUCAGUCCUAGUGCUGUUAUACUGCAGGGAAACUCAGGGAAUGGGAAGACCCUAACUGUGCAGAAGAUCAUGCUGGACUGGGCAUCUGAUAAACUCUACAAAGAGCGGUUUGAUAUUGUGUUCCACCUAAAGUGUAAAGAAAUAAACCGCAUUCCUGGCGAAAAGAGUUUGGUGGAGAUCUUGAGCUACAGCUGCAGUUUAACAUCACAUCAGAUCUCACAGAUACUACAGCAGUCACAAGAGAAGGUGCUUUUCAUUAUUGAUGGAUUUGAUGAGUUGAGACUCACACAGGACAUUUAUGACAUGUCUCCUCACACUGAUGUGAUUCAGAAAGCUCCAGCUGAGGUCACACUUUGUGCCCUGUUGAGGGGUCACAUCUUGCCAGAGUCCUUCCUCCUGGUCACCACCAGAUCUACAGCUACAGACAAGUUGAGUCAGCUGCUCAAAGGGCCUAAAAAUUUUACUGAGAUUAUGGGUUUCUCUGAGAAGGGGGUGGAGGAGUACUUCCAGAAGUUCUUUCAAAAUGAUGAACUCUUCAGGAAGGCUUAUACAUUUGUGAAGACAAAUGAAAACCUCUUCACCACCUGCUCCAUCCCUGUCAUCUGCUGGAUCAUCUGCACAACUAUAAAGGAACGUUUCGAAUUUGGUGCAGAUGUAACAAGUGGACUGGAAACCACCACCUCCAUCUAUGUUGACUUUAUGUUCACUCUGCUGGAGCAUCACUGCCAGGGUUUGAAUCAGUCUGUCCCGAACCUGCUGAGGAGUCUUGGUCAGCUGGCAGAGAGAGGGAUGCUGGAACAACAAGUCUUGUUGGAUGAAACAGUUUAUGAAACAAUUUCAGACCCUGCUGCCAAUCCAUUUCUGUGCAAGUUUCUCUUUAAGAGAAGAAUCCACCAGGAGACGAUGUUUAGUUUCAUGCAUCUCAGCUUUCAAGAGUUCUUCACUGCUCUCUACUAUCUCAUUCUGGAUAAAGAAGAGUCUCAGAAGAAAAUAACAGAGUUAUAUCCCAGUCAUGCCCCAGAAUUUUAUCUAUAUCAAAGUAGUCCUCCACGUUUUGCAGCUGUGGUGCAGUUUGCUUUUGGUCUGUUGAAUAAGGAUGUGAGACACAUGCUUAGGAAUAAACAUGGUCUGUUUGUUCACCCAAACACACAGGCCCUUCUUAAAGAAUGGAUUUUGGAAGAUCUCCAAAGAGAUAUUCAGAAUUAUAGAACACUUUUUAUUUUUCACUGCCUCUAUGAACUUCAUGAAGAGGACUUUGUGAUAAAAGCUAUGAAAUCAUGGAAUAAGAUUAAUGCAUAUGGUGCAGUCUUUAGAAGAACAGACUGCUGGGCUCUGCUGUACUGCUCUCAGUGCUGUCAGUGCAUGGAAGAACUGGAUCUUCUUGAUUGCAUACUGACAUCUGAAAAGUUGAUGAUGAUUCUGCCUGCACUCCCCAAGUUUAAGAAAUUAACUUUGCCUCUAAUGGAUCAAUCAGACUCUGAUCUUGUUGAGCUAAUGUGUGCUCUGACGAGAGGACAGACACUGAACUCAGCGGGUGUUUAUGUCUCAUCCCCAUAA